CUCCUUUCUUCGCAAUAUUGCUUUUGGGAUCGAUGGUCUGGGGCUCUGAAUCCGACCCGUGGUAUCUCGAUGAACAAAGAACUCAAAAGGAUUCGGUGAGCUGGUUCUUUCACUAUCGAACGCAUUCGGGCCACGGAUGAUGAGAGAUGCUGGGGGGCACACAUACAUACAUAGGUAGGCGAGGUAAGUUGCUUUGAAUCUCUUAAACUCUUCAGUUCCCUCUUUCGAGCUAUUGUCCAUCGCUUUUACAACACCUUAUACAACACACACACAUUCUCCUUAUUGACCGGCAGGUCAUCAAUUACAAGGCGAUUCAAUCGCACCACCCACCAUGGCCUCAAACCCAGGACCCAACCCCCUUACCCCUCCAGGAUUCGCGAGAAAAACCAUACCCCGCCUCUCCACCCCCGAGCCCCCAUUCAACUACACCCCAAUCUCCCCCAAAGAUGCCGCCAUGCACCGCCUUCGCGCCCUCCAAGACCCAGAAACAGAAGCAAUAAACCAGCACUACCGCCGAACCGGCCAGCUCCCCCGCGUCCUCGGCUCGUCGCCGCUGGCUACAUCGAGUGGGAUCGCUGGGACGAGAUUCACACCCGUUAACCGCCCUGUCGCCGGCACUUCUGGGACGAGACCGGGGGGUGAAGAUGUGCCUGGGGUCACCAUUAAUAGAGCUAUAAAUGGCGGGGUAGCCCCGGGUGCGAAUCCUCAGGGGAGAAACCCGGGACCGGCGCGUGGCACGAGAGGUCGACUCCCGGCGCCGAAGCCCAUGGGCCUGCCUCCGGGGGUUAUACUGCGGCAGCCUGGACUGGAGCCGAGGAGGAAUAUGACGCGGUAUGGCGCUUUCAUUGAGGAUAGCCCGGAGCCGCCGCCGGCGCGGCGGCCGGACGUCCCGCCGCCUACGGAUGCGGAGAUGCGCGCGAGGUUGGCGAUGCAGACGGGUCAGAGGGGGGUGAUGAAGUAUCCGAUCCGGUAUAUGGGGAUAUUGCCCGAUGUGCUGAGUGAGGAUUUCGAUGCGAGUACGGGGUAUAAUCCGCCGCCUCCGGGGCAGAGGGGGACAGAGGCGGAGGAGCGUGCGUGGAAGAAGGUGAGGGAGGAGAGCCUUAGGGGGGUGAGGUUUGAGGAGUGGAAUACGAGUUGGCUUAUGAGGAUGGCGCAGUUGAAGGGGGUUAGUGUGGCGCUGGAAGGGGGAGACGCGGCGGUUCGUGAGGCACUGGAGAGGGAGUUGACGGAGGUGAAGAUAGCGGAGCGGGCUGUGGCAGUGCAGGUCGCUGCGGAGAGGAGGGACGGGGGGCGCUGGGCCAGGGUGGUAGAGAGGGAGGUCGAGCAAGAAUGCUAUAUUUUACUGGAUGAGGAUAAGGAUGACCUGGAGAAGAUCAAGUCGAAGGUGGCUAUGACGUGGCAGCGGACUAAGAUGGAUAUAGCUGCUGGUGACGUGAGCUUGUGGUUGUCGGCUGUGACGUGGGGGAACAAGCCGUCGAGGAUGGUGAGGUGGGCGGGGAGAAAUGCAGAGAUGGAUGAUGGGCAUUGGUUGGGGUUUUAUAUGUAUAGGAUGACGAGGACGGGGAAGAGGGCGGAAGUUGAGGGGAAUGAGAGGUAUGAGAGGGAGAUGAGAAAGAGAUAAGGCGCUUGACGGUUAUGUGCUUUGCUGUUGUUGUUUGUGGCUUCUGCGUUGCUUGAUUUCCUUGCUCAUUUUGUCUAACUGAUUAUUAUCUGAUCGAAAUGGAAUCCGAAAACCUUAUUAUCUACC